AUGGAAGAGACUCUCAAACAAUACAUGAACGAAUACUAUAGAGGCUUUACAGGUUUUGGGAUAGAAUACAUAUACGACUUUGCAAGGUGUAUAACAUAUUACAAGCGUAUAAGUUUGGAAGAAUAUGAAAAGAAAUAUUUGGAUGAAGAUAUAUUAUUUCCACCAGGCAACAUAAAAAUAGGAAUAAGAGAUGAAAGGAAUGACAGGCAUAUGCAUAUGAAUGAAAAUAUUCUAAUAGAUUUCGCUGUUUUUACAAUGAAACUAGGCGGCGAAACCAUCAAAAGAAUUUUAGAAAAAAUACUCCUGGGAAUUUCCAUAGAAGGCGCAGUAAAAGAAGGCGCAGCAGUAGAUGAUGAAUUAGAACUUCUGAAAGUCAAAAGUAGGGAAGAUAAAGAAAAGAUAGACAUUUUAGAAAAGGAAAAAAAGAUUGCAGAGGAACGAAUAAAAUCCUUAGAAAAUGACGUGACAAAAUUAGAAGAAAUAGAGACAACGAGCAAGAUUACCGCAUCAAGCAAGCAGAAAAGAUGUUUGAUGCAAAAAAUGAGCCCUACAGACAUAAAGAAAAGAUAUGAAUGGCAAGCAUAUAAAAAAUUUAAUGAUUUACCAGGGAUGCCAAAAUAUGAGAAUUUGAAGACAAUGAAUCAAAAAUACGGAGGCCAUUUUUCAAAAAUAAUCAAAAUAAACAAAAUUAAAUAUAUUUUGAUAUAUUUUAACAAUGAAAAUGACUUAUUAAAGGCAAUUUACAAAUCGACAAUGGAUGAAAGAUGGGUUGAAGAUAAAAACGCCAAGCCACCAACCGAUCAUAUUUCAACAAUUCCAAGAACUUUAAAAGAACACGAAGAAUUGGAUAAUUUAAACAGUACCUUUAAAGGAAGACUUGAAGAAUUGGAAAAAAUGCCAACCUUGCCAUCAAAUAAAGGGAAAAAGAAAGCGGUGGAAAUAUCGGAUGAUGACAAUGAAGAAAAGACUAAUAAAAACAAAAAGCGUGUUGUGCAAAAGCAGGGAGAAAGGGAAAUUCUGAUAAAGAAUGAACAAAUUAUUCCAAAAAAUUUUAAUAAAUUAAAAAUUUUUUUUUUAGGAAAAGCAAUACUGGAACUUGAUCGAGCAAUCGAAGGUCAAUAG